AAGCUACGUUAAGCUAUCCGUAUCUAUCCAACUCCAUCCCGCCCAAAAUCGACCAACAGCUGCAAUUCGAACCACCCACCUCUCAACCGCAAAGCUCCCCAACAAUUCCCGAUCCCGGUUCCCUAGCCUCGAGAUAGCUCCCUUGCCUAAAUUUGACGUCGCCUUUGCUCCGAGCUACAAUAUCUUUGCGCCGAACCUCAACCACCGAGCAGCCGCAGUCGCCGCCGCCGCCGCCGCACCGCCUCUGAAAGGCUCAAAGCACAACAUCCACCCUAACCCCCAAAGCAACGGGCCAACGGGCAAAACCAAACAAGGCCAUGGCCAAUCUCGGCAUCCAAUCGCCAACGCGGCAAACCGCCGCCUUCCACCUCCCCUCCUCUUCCUCCUCCUCCGUCGCCUCCGGCUCCGGCUACGAAGACGACGACGCCCCGCUCCCUUUCCCCGCCGCCCUGCCCCGAUCCGACUUCCUCGCCCCCGGCUUCCACCCGGCAAACUACCUCUCCGCCCUCCCGCACCGGCACCAGACCCUCGACGACCUCAAAGCCGAGCUCCGCGACCGCAGCGCCGCCAUCAGCGCCGAGCUGCUGGAGCUCGUCAACGGGAACUACACCGCCUUCUUGUCUCUGGGCAACGAGCUGCGCGGCGGCGAUGAGAGGGUUGAGAAUGUGCGUGUCGCCAUGCUCGGGUUUCGGAGGGCCGUGGAGGAGAUCAAGGGCAAAGUGAGGACGCGCGGGGAGGAGGUCCAGGGGUUGAGCGGGGAGUUGAGGGAGGUGAGGAGGGGGAUUGAGGCCGGGAGGAAGAUGCUUGAGUUGGAUGAGCGGGUAUCUUCGCUCGAGGAGCGGCUUGCGCUUGCGAGCUUGCCGGGGAAGGGGAAGACGGGUACCGGCGAGGGAGAGGAAGAUGACGAUGACUGGGACGCGGAUGACAGCGAGGAGUCUGACGAGGAAGAGGAUGAUGACGAUGUAGCCGGGCUGGUGGGUAGCAGCCCUGCGAAGCUGGCGGGGUUUGCGCAAGAUUUCUGCAUUGUUGAAGCUCUUGCGGAUGCUAUUGGGAGGGAUGCCCCGUUCGUGGUCAAGGCUGAGGCUCGGAUGGUGAGAUGUCGGAACACGAUCCUCCUCGACCUGGGCACGGCGAUGAAGGAAGCACGCAAGGCGGGCAAGAAGGGCCAGGCGAGGACGGUCAAGUAUCUGGGCUUGUACGGAUUGCUUGACGCCCAGGCUGAGGCGAUCAGGGCCCUCAAGAGCAGCUGAGCAGGAUUGCAGCAGCACACGACAAACAGAACAAAAAGGCCAGCAGUCACAGAGUAGCGAUGCAUAUGAUACCCAAAUCAAA